CGCCGACGACGUACGUCGACGCGGCGGUUUGGCGCGCGCAGCUCCGUCAGCCGCGCUUCGAGGGCGGAGCGGCGGCGCGCGAGAGUGGGGAGCCGGGCCCGGGAGGUGGCCGUUCGCUGCCGGGUCAUUGCAUAACGUGAGAACAUGGCGGAAGCUCAUCAGGCUGUCGCAUUUCAGUUCACUGUCACCCCAGAGGGUAUCGACCUCCAACUCAGUCAUAAUGCAUUGAAAGAGAUCUACCUCUCGGGCAUCAGGGCCUGGAAGAAGAAAUGCAAUAGAAUCAAGAACAAUUUUAUGACUGGUGUUUAUCCAGCUAGCCCAUCCAGCUGGCUUUUUGUAGUGCUGACUGUAGUAGGUACAAUGUACACAAGAGUUGAUCCCUCGAUGGGCAUAAUAGCCAAGCUUAGGGAACACCUCCCUCUAAGGCGAUAUAUGUCACAUCAUGGUCAAAGCCUGGUGAGCGCUCUGCUCUUUGCAACAGGGCUGUGGCUUGCACUGAUUUUUGUGAUGCGGCAGAUCCUCAAAACCCUUCUCUCCUACCAUGGCUGGAUGUUUGAAGAACAUGGCAAAGUGUCCACUACCACCAAAGUCUGGUUUACUCUAGUGAAGAUCUUCUCAGGUCGUAAGCCAAUGUUAUACAGUUUCCAGAACUCUCUCCCACGCCUCCCUGUUCCAGCUGUGAAAGACACUUUGCGAAGGUUUUUGGAGUCUGUGAGGCCUCUGAUGAAUGAAGAUGACUUCAGACGGACAAAGGCAUUGGCUAAAGAUUUUGAAAGGAACCUGGCACCGCGGCUGCAGUGGUACCUUAUACUCAAAUCAUGGUGGGCUAGUAACUAUGUGAGCGACUGGUGGGAGCAAUAUGUUUACCUACAAGGGCGAGAGCCAAUCAUGGUCAACAGCAACUAUUAUGCCAUGGAUUUCUUGUACGUGACUCCAACCACCAGUCAGGCUGCACGUGCUGGCAAUCUAGUCCAUGCUUUGCUUCUUUACAGACGGAGACUUACUCGUGAGGAGAUCCAACCGCUAUUGAUUCGAGGUGUUGUCCCCAUGUGUUCUAAUCAAUAUGAGAAUAUAUUCAAUACAUCCCGCAUCCCAGGUGUAGAGUCAGACCAUUUGCAGCACCUUUUGGAUAGCAAGCACGUCGUGGUCUAUCACAAGGGCCGUUAUUUUAAGGUGUGGUUGUAUCAAGGUGGACGCCUUCUGAAUCCCUGUGAGCUACAGAGACAAUUUCAGUACAUUUUGGAUGACACUUCUUCACCUCAACCAGGUGAGAAGUACCUGGCUGCACUGACUGCAGGAAAACCGGUGAGUGCUUUCAGAAUUCCUUGGGCAAAGGCACGGAAAUCAUACUUCAGCGCUGGAAAGAACAGAAAUUCACUGGACAACGUGGAGAAAGCAGCAUUCUUUGUCACUUUGGAUGAUGCUAAGCCUGAACUGUUUUGUGGACAACCAAGUGAAGUCACUGAUGGAUAUGCCAAGUCACUGCUACACGGCAAAUGCUAUGACAGGUGGUUUGAUAAGUCAUUCACUUUCAUUGUGUUUGCAAAUGAAAGUGGAUUGAAUGCAGAACAUUCCUGGGCUGAUGCACCAAUCAUAGGACACCUGUGGGAGUAUGCUUUGGCCACAGACUCCUUUCAACUGGGGUACAAGGACGAUGGUAGCUGUAAAGGUGAUCCAGCCCCAAAUGUGCCGCCACCACACAGAUUGCAAUGGGAAAUCCCACAUGAGUGCCAAGAAGUAAUCAUGCAUUCGCUGAAGGUGGCACAGAAACUGGCUGAUGAUGUUGAUUUCUAUGCAUUCCCAUUCACUCAGUUUGGCAAAGGUGUGAUUAAGAAAUGCAGAACCAGUCCUGAUGCCUUCAUCCAAAUUGCUCUGCAACUUGCCAACUUCAGGGACAAAGGUUCUUUCUGUCUAACCUAUGAAUCUUCAAUGACUCGGCUGUUCCGUGAGGGGAGGACUGAAACUGUGCGUUCAUGCACCAUUGAGACGUGCAAUUUUGUGACAGCACUGGCGAGUAAGAAGCUUUCGAAUGAAGAGUGCCUGAAUCUAUUCCGUAUUGCAGCCAAGAAUCACCAGCACAUCAGCAGGCUUGCUAUGUCCGGAUGUGGUGUCGAUCGGCAUCUCUUCUGCCUCUAUGUGGUGUCCAAGUACCUGGGAGUCAACUCACCCUUCCUUCAAGAGGUGCUUUCAGAGCCAUGGUGUCUCUCGACCAGUCAGACACCCAUCCAGCAGCUUGAGCUAUUCGACCUUGUGAAUCAUCCAGAAUACGUCUCCAUUGGAGGUGGUUUUGGCCCUGUUGCAGAUGAUGGUUAUGGUGUUUCUUACAUCAUUGUUGGAGACCACCUCAUCAACUUCCAUAUCUCCUGCAAAGUCUCCAGCCCCCUAACGGACGCUCAUCGUUUUGGCAGAAACAUCUCCCAAGCAAUGUUAGACAUCAUUGCACUCUUCAAUUUGGAUGGGAAAAAGCCCCAAGUGUAGUAAUCCUACCUGCCUGACACAGCAAAAGGGAGAAAAACAAAACAAUGAGGAUCUUGCACAUCUAGAGUUGUUUAAGCAUCUGUCUUCUGAAGGACUUAGCGUGCGUAUGCACUGUUUUUUGUGUCAACUUUAUUUAUUCAUUUGUGUCAUGGGGCUAAUUUUUAAAUUAAAAGAACAAAAAGCAACAACAAUGCAAAAGAAAGGGAUUUAUGUUGAAAUUCUGGUGUGUGUAAGAGACUGGGCUUGAACUUAAUAACUAAAAUUCUUUUUUCUGUUUUGAAAAGACAGGCUUAUUAUAUAUUACCCUUCUACAUAUUUUGUGUUAACCAGCAGAGUUUGUGCUGAUUUGCCUGCACACCCCUGGGAUAUGCAGCAACACUGCAGUGAGUUUUCCCUCAUUUAACCUUGGGAUUGAAAGGAUACCAGUAUUGGGGACAAUCAGCAAUUUAGUAAGGUUUGCUGGACCCAGUGUAGAGUGGCAAAUAACCUUGCAACUGUGGAGCUUUAUUGCAGGGCCCAUAAUCAUUGGUGUGAGUGGGGCUGUGAAAAGUUUUAAUACAAGAACUUACUGCAGAUUUCUGGUUGGUUAGGGACAAAAAGAAUGCAAUCACUUUACCCCUCCUUAGAUCAUUAGUGAGGAAGUAGUGUUUCAUUUGAAGUCUGACGGAGAGAGAGGAUUACUGUUCCCACUCUAUAUCAAUGAAUGGGUAUAGACCUUCCCAACCCUCUAGCUGUAACUGUAGUUCAAUUUUAAAAACUGUGGCAGCUUGGAAAAAGUAACUCUCCAUUCCCUGCCUGUCCAUAUAUCUGUCUACAUGCCUCUUAAAUGUUACUAUUAUAUCUACUUCAAACACCUCCCUUGGCAGCACGUUACCGGCACCUACCACUCUACCACUCUGUAAAACAAAACUUUCCUCGCAAAUCAGCUUUAAACUCUUCCCCCCCCCCCCACCUUAAAACUAUGCACUCAAAUACUUGACAUUUCCACCCUCUAUCUACUCUGUCUAUGCCUCUCAUAGUUUUAUAUACUUUGAUCAGUUUGCCCCUCGGCCUCCAACACUCUAGAGAAAACAACCAAGUUUGUCCAACCUCUCCUUCUAGCUAAUACUCUCCAAUCCAAGGAACAUACUGGUAAACCUCUUCUGCACCCUCUCCAAAGCCAUGACAUCCCUUCUGUAGUGUGGCAACCAGAACUGAAGACAUUACUCCAAAUGUGGCCGAACCAUGGCUUUACACAGUUGCAAUGUGACUUCCCGACAAUCGUACUCAAUGUCCCGACCAAUGAAUGCAAGCAUGCCUUAAUAUAUUCAUCUUUGCAUUUUGUUCAGUGCACUAAAUCUGUGCCAUCACCAUUUUUUAAAAAAAAGAGCAUGAGAGAUCUCUUCUGAAAGUCUCCGUUCAAAUCUAGAUUGAGUAAGAGUCCAGUAGUAGGUGAAGAAUCUAUUUGCAUGCCAAAAGUGCACAGCAGAUCAGUAGCUUAAUGGUUAGAUGACCCAGUUAUGAGGAUAGCUACCCUAAGAAGAACCAGAAUGGUGCAUCAAUUCCAGUGGGAAUUGAAAGGAAACCUACCUAUGGUGUUUUGUUCCAGUGUAAGGGAACUUAAUGUGACCUAUCCACACAUAUUAAAUAUGAAGCCCUCUUUGGACUCCUGGGCAUUGCUGUGUUUUUAUUUUAGACUUUUUACUGUCUUUGAUAAAACAUUCUGUGCCAUUAUUUUCCCAAAGUUUUUUUUAUAAGGUAUUAAUUUCAAGCUCUGUCUGUUGAAGCUGGUGCCUUCAAUGCAAGUUAUUAAAACUAUAACUGACUUUGUUUUCAUUAAACUGGACCUCUGGUUAGCCAGCAUUCCUUUUCUCCAUGUGGACAGUCCUUGCUUUUCACAUUUUCUGUGGGACAUUAAUUGCAAGAACCUGAUGCAGGUUGAAUCCGAUUGAAACAAAUUUCACCAGAGCUGUGAUAUGGGGUAGGUUGGGGAGUUCUGGAUUGAAUAAGAAAUGGUAGUCGAGUCAGACCAGUAGGUUUGGAUGGUUCUCGGCAGGACCCCUGUGCAUUGCUCAUCUCUACCCAUGAUGUAGCAAUAUCCUAAAUAUGUUGGGGGAGAUUUCCUUUAUUUUUAUCCAAGUCAUAAAUGCAUGUUUUGCUAAAGCACUUAAUCAUAUUGUUUCCCUGUAAAAUAGGAGGUUUUCUUUACUCCACCGUCCAUUUUAUAAUAAUGUUAAAAUUCCAACCUUGUCUUGCCACCACCCUUUGUUGCCCUCCAUGGACCUAAUCUUGCCUGGAUUGAAACCAAAGGACGGAGCAUGUGUUAACACCGAUGUGAAUGACUGGCUAACCAGGAGUUUAAGGCUGGCUCUAACACCAUGCAGUUGUACUGUUUUUGAAUAUAUUCCACUACAUUAGUAAUUCUGUAAAGGCAUUCCUGUGAGACGUUAGGCCUAUCUGGCAGGAGAGCGACACCAAAUAGAAGAAAUACAUGAGGCCUUAAAUACACAAAAUAGCUAAAUACGUGUGGAAUUAAGAGGUAAUUUUAAUUAUAAGUAAAUGACAAUCACAUUUAUAAUAACUUAUUGUGAUACUUUCAAAAAAAAAACUCCUUUAUAGUUGACCAAAAGCAGAGCUGAGAUCCUGUUUCUUAGUAGGAUUGGAAAGGAACCUCCCUGUGACACUUAAUAGGGAAAAAGAAAUAUGUGGGAGAUUUAUUCUGGCAAGGGUUAUUUUUUUACAAUCAUUUUAUUUUUCUUUGUCUUUAGGAAGAUGUAUCACACCCUGCACAAUUAUUUCACAUUGUUCAGUUUCUUUCUAUGACCAUUGAGGAUGGGGAAUUAUUACUUUGCUUCAUUCAAACACUAAACUGAAUGUAGCCCCUGACCCCCAUGCUGCACCUUCACAAGUUCGGCACUGCUCAGGCAGUGUUUGCACAGUGGAGCUGUUCAAUGUUAAUUUUUGCUGUGGUUGUUUAAAGCCGUGCCAAUAAUUGUGAAGGAAGGUUUUGCCAGUCUCUACUAGGCUGUGUGCUCCUACUGACAGGAUAUGUGUAAAGGGGUGUUCAUCAUCUUGUGGGCCUGACAUCAGCAGAUAUUGAGAGUGCAUGGCUGUGUAAUGAAAAGAUAGAGCUUUUAUUUCUGCUUUUGUGGGAUGGAGGGUAAUUGCCAAGGCCACCUUUUCUUGUCCAACUUUAAUUGCCCUCGAGGUAGCUGUGAGCCACCACCUUGAACUGCUGCGGUCCGUGUGGUGAGGAUAUUCUGGCGGUGCUGUUCGGUCACAAGUUGCAAGAUUUUGUCAUGGUGAUAAUGAAGGAACGCUGAUCUACUUCCAGAAUCACAACAUUGUGUGAUAGAAGGGGAAUGUAGAGGUGGUGGUGGCGUUUCCUUGUGCCCAUUGCCCCAGUUGAUAAUUUUUGGAACUGCUGACAGAGAUGCCAUGGAUAGUUGCUGGAUUGUUUUUUGUCGAUGGGACAGACAGUAGAAGCAUUGGAGCAGGUGGUUACGGUGGUGAAUAGGUUGCCAUCAACUGCACCACCUUGCCCUGGAUAGUGAGCUUCCCGAGUGUUAUUGAAGCUCCAGGCAGUUGAGGAGUAUUCCACCACACACCUUGUUUGUACUUUUGUGGACACUGGGGAAACUGAAGGCAGUCAGCAGGUAUUUGCUCAUUGCAGGAUACCCAGCCUUUUGUAGAUAGUUGGGGUUUCAGCGAAAAGAAGAGCCUUGACUCAUUACAAAUUACAAAGGUCUUCAGUGAAUGUGAGAGGGAAUUUAUUGUUAGUUGUGGCAUUUUCCAGUUCUAUUUAAAUGCUGGUCAAUGUUCUGACAUGACUAAGGGUGAAGUAAAGUUAUGAGAGAAUGUCUGAGGCAGUGGGUUUAUUUUUCAAGUUAAGCCAUUCAACCAACUUGUCUGUAAUUCUGAGCUGGGAACCAAAGAAUAGUUAGAUUUAAAGCUUACCUCUGAAUUACUGCACAUUAUGCAGGUUUUGGUGAAAUGUGAACAGGAAUUAGUCCCAACUGCACCUGUGAGGCAAGUAUUUUGUCAUAGUAAUUCUUCAGCUUAUUUGAUUGCAGCAAAACCACCCUUGUUUUCUGAGUGUUUGAUCUGCCUGUUCCUAACAUAAUUUAGGAUUUAAAUAUUUAACUGGUGUUGGGAGCUGGUAAGAAUCAGGUUUAUCAAAUUACGAAGGACUUCUGAUACAUUGCCAAAGAACAUUAUAACCAAAGGGCUACAUUGUUGGUUUGAAGCUUUGAGUUGCUUUAGCCCAUCGACUCUUGACUCUCUGCUGUGGGUAUCUUCUACCUUUCAAUUUGUGUCAUAUUAACCAUUAUUGACCUGAAACCUUUGCAACUUCUCACAUCUUUUGGGCAAACCUAGAGUAAGUUAAAUUGAACCAGAUGUUGGACCAUGUGACCACAUUAUACUACUUCCCCAGUGGGUAACCACAGAUUAAUGGCUCACAAUUAAUACUUGGUCAAUUGAGGCAUUUGCUUCUACCGUGCACCUUGUAUGCCAAGGAGGGUUUUAUGGACUAUCAUAAUAUUUAACAGGAGGGUGGACCAUCCCUGAGCUUGGAGAUACAACCCCAGUCUCUACUUGCUGGGCCUGUCUCUGUCUCAGAAGCAGGAGCACUUCCACCUGCUGCAGUUGUUGAGGAAGACUGAUGAGCAUUAUACCUCUAUUGAUAACUUUAAACGCAAUUUAUAUUAUCAAAAGCUGCUGCACAAUCAUACAGGUCUUUUAUAAAUGACAUGUAUUUCACCCUUUCUAUUCCUCAGCUAAUUAAGAUAGUGAGCAAUUUGACUUGUGUAGCCUGGGGAUGGUGCUCCCUGGAUUCAGAGUCUGUAAGUUGAUCUCAGCCAUGGGUUGGACACUCCCUGUGCUCAUAAGAGGAGGAAACUUGAUGGUUUAGGGUUACCAGUUACUCCCAGUGGAAAUGCAUGUGCCCUCAUCAAAGUCGAGCUCAGCUAUGAAAACCCCUCUUUGUCCAUCAUCACCCUGUUCCAAUAAGUAAUUUAAAACUCUGCUGAAUAAAUGACGACAGUGGAAGUCCACUCCUGAGUGCCUUGCUGUUUUUAUUGUCGCAAUAUUAGUUUGGUGCUUUCAUAAACCAUUUUCCAUAGGACCAUAGCAAAUCUAGCUCCUUAUACUGGGAUUUAGGGGGGGGUGGGAGGUGAAUUUUCAUUCCAGGGGCUGCUAUUAAAGUCAGAAAUUUGUAAUUUAUUCAACAUUGGACAAUUGUGAGGGGUCUACUCACCAACUCUAACUUUAAGCCACAGCUUCCUGGUUCCACUUAUAGGAUUACUGCUGCAUAGGACAAGGAAUGAACAUUCAGCAACCUAUGUGUGUUGCUGCUUUGUAUUUGAAAAUUGGGUUUAACUGCCCAAAAAUGGCCCAAGCUUUCAAAACUGGCAAGCUUAAAGUGACAGUUCCUGUAGCUGGUGACUUGUUUAUUGCACCACAACAACCAGGUAAAAAUAAGGGAGUACAAGUCUAAUGUGUAAUACAUAAAUUCAGCCUUCAAAGUUCCUAGAUGAAAAGGUGAAUUACAGAUUUAAAUUUUCCUAAACUUUGUCCCUGUGGUUUAACAUGUUCCUCUGCAAAGCAGGUGUUUAUUGUCACUGCUGUGAUUUGCAACUCCCAGAUGUUAUGUAGGAGUUGAGUGGCAAGAGCAACAAUAGGCAGGGAGCUUUAAUUCCAGAUGUAGCUCAGGCAGAACAUUUUAGAGCCAAUGCGAGAGCAGCACACUUGUGAGCACAUGGCCAGUCUUUCUUGAGCUGCAGUAGCACAAGACUUGUAAGAGCCACACAAAAUUGCUGAUACAGUUCAAAAUACCCAUGUGUUUGGUAGGAAUGGGAUAUCGCUCUCCUUUUGGUGCUUGUUUUCAAUGUCAUUAGAAUCAUAUUGUCUUUGUUAAACUGUGUUUAUUUGCCUUUUUUUAAAAAAUUCACUUCUUUUGAUGUUUGUUUUUGUUUAUAAGUGUAAAUGCAGGUAUCAAUGCAAUCAGUAAGGGGACACUCAGAAGUAAAACGCCAAUUGCCUGAAA